AUGCGGGUCCUGCUGCAGUCGAUCAGGAAAGGUCGAGCGAGCACUUCCGGGAUCCCAUGGCCUGUUCGCCGUCUGUCGAUAUCCUCGGAGGCCAGAAACCUAAGGUUGGACACGAAGCCUGGCAGAGGAUCGUCUUUCAGCGCCAAUCCACCCCAGCCCACCUUCCGGCUUCGUUUCGAGCAGGCCCAAUCGGACAAGAAUGUCGUGCGGAUCCUCGAGCUGUGCCAGGAACUCAAGCAGGCCGGGCCACCCUCGCAGGACGACCUCAGCCUAGCAUAUCGCCACCUGGUCUCAAUCCUUGCACACUAUGGUCUCUGGACCCAGCUCUACGCGACCGUCAACGAGCUCAUCGAGCUCAUCGGACUCAAUCACAUCGACGACCUGCUAUGGGCAACGAUCCUCGAAGGAUUCAUCCGAUGCGACAGAUCAACCGACGUGAUCUACUCACUCAUCCUCUCCACAGGAAACAAGAUUGGGCCCCAGACGAUCACCGCCUUAUUCCGUGCGGCCAUCCUCGAAUCUAAUCUCAGCCAGUCCAUCCUUCUGCUCCAAGUAGCCACGGCCUCCGAUUUGUUGUCCCAGAUCCCAAAGCUCUUACUCAUCCAAUUGGCCGACUCCCUGGCUGGACAGGCCCAGCUCAAGCUAGCCAUCGAUCUCGUCCGCUCCUUUGUCGUCCCAAUCAAAGAAACCGAUCAUCCGGAUUGUGUUGCAAGUUUGAUCAGCUUACUGCGGACAUGUGUCAAUCGAUCAGAUCCUCAAUCGGCUCUUUAUUGUUACUCAUACCUGAACAACAACCAUGCCGAUCUGAUUGAGGAUUUGUUCGAUGAUGGAUUGAUGAUCGAACUCCUAUCUCUCAGCAGCCGACACAUCCUGCCAGAUCUUGCGCUCAACGUCCUUUCCCAACUCGUUAGAUCUCGACGGAAGCUAGAAAUCACACAUCUCUUGCCAUCGAUCAUUGCGCUCAGUCGGGCGGGCAACAGGAUGUCGGAGGUGGUUGAGAUUCUUGUCCGGAUAGGGAAAGACCUCGUGGUCGUAGCUGAGGAGAGCGAACUGAUCGGGUUCAACCUGAUGGUCGGCCAUCUCGGCGGUCUCCACGGAUACCGCACGUUUCUCAAAAACAGCGUCGGAGAAGAAGAGGGAGAAGGCCAACAAAACGAAAAACGGGAGGAAAUCAUCAAGAGUCUCAAUAAUUCUAAACAGCUUUGCAGGGAUUUGCUCCUCGAGAAGAACCCUAAUAAUCAUCAAUCCGAACCUGCUCCGACGAUCUUACACUCAUUGGUCAACAGUCUUAUCCAAGCUGAUCUUGAACUCGACCGACCUCUCGAAUCCCUCGCGACCUUCAAAACUUACUUCUGCAACCCCCAAAGUCGACCGACUUCUUUCAUCUUCCAACCGGAUCAUCAUAUCCUGAACUUGAUGAGAAACGCGGCCGAGCAAGUUUCCGACCCGCUCAUCCAAUCUGAAAUUUUGUCGACUCUCGACCACCUCCCUCAGCAAUAA